AUGAUAGAGAGCGAUAUCCCGUCCAUCAUGGCAGGAAUCAUUAGGAAUUCAGGGCAAAGCCACCACCCCCCGCAGGAGUACAGACUCCUGGCUUCAGAUCCAUCCCAGCUGAGUGAGGAUGAGCUCCCAGGGGAUUUGCAGUCCCUGUCCUGGCUGACAUCCGUGGAUGUGCCUCGGCUCCAGCAGAUGGCCAGUGGGAGGAUGGAUUUCAGCCUGGGGGCCCAGAGUGCCAUGCUCCAGCAGACAGGUCCCGUGGGGAGCACGAUGCACUCGACCCCUGGAGCAAUGAUCCACGUCCAGGCCAGCCUCCCACAGGGAAUCCUGGGCCUCAAUCCCAUUUCAACCCAUGGAGCCAAUAUGAGUCCCUACGCCGUGGCUGGGCAGCUGUCCCCUGGUUUGCAAACACAGCAACAGCUCUUCCCUCCUCAUCCUCCUCCUCCUCAUCCUCCUCCUCACUCCCAGCAGGUGUUUGCCCUGGCCCAGAACCCCCAGCAGUGUAACCCAGCAGCAAUGUACAACACAACCUAUGGGACACAGCCACACUAUUCCCAGCCACGCCUGGCUCCCCACUCUGCCCAGGAACUGCACCCAAAGCAUUAUCCCAAGCCCAUCUAUUCCUACAGCUGUUUGAUCGCCAUGGCGCUGAAGAACAGCAAGACCGGGAGCCUGCCCGUGAGCGAGAUCUACAGCUUCAUGAAGGAGCACUUCCCCUACUUCAAGACAGCCCCUGAUGGGUGGAAGAACUCGGUGCGCCACAACCUGUCCCUGAACAAGUGCUUUGAGAAGGUGGAGAACAAACUGAGCGGGACCUCCCGCAAGGGCUGCCUGUGGGCCCUCAACCCCGCCAAGAUCGACAAGAUGGAGGAGGAGAUGCAGAAGUGGAAGAGGAAGGAUUUGGCUGCUAUUCACAGGAGCAUGGCUAACCCAGAGGAGCUGGACAAGCUGAUCACUGACAGACCUGAGAGCUGCAGGCGGCCCAACAAGCAGGCAGAGCCCGAGGGAACCCCCCUGGGCCGCAUCCCCGUGUCCCAGCUCCAGCCCCAGCCCAUCAUGACGCUGUCCCUGCAGUCCCUGCCCCUGCACCAGCAGCUCCAGACCCAGGCUCGCCUCGCCCCCAACUCGCCAGCACCUGCACAAACUCCUCCUCUGCACACCCUGCCUGACAUGAGCCACAGCCCCCUGCCCCAGCACCCCAUGGGACGAGCCCCAGACUUCCCCAACGUGGCAGUGGACAUGAGCACGGAGGUGGAUGCUCUGGAUCCCAGCAUUAUGGAUUUCGCACUGCAAGGGAACAUUUGGGAGGAGAUGAAGGAUGACAGCUUCAGCCUGGACACCCUGGGUGCCUUCAGCAACUCCCCCCUGCAUCUGUCCGACUGCGAGCUGGGCACGCCCGGCCUCACGCCCGUGUCCAGCGGCAGCGACCGCUCCUUCUCCGACCUGCAGGUCACCGGCCUUUACACCACCUACACCACCCUGGACAAUGUGGCAGCUGCUCAGUACAUGAACCCCCAAGGCAACAAACCCAUCCCUCUGCUCUGA